UCCUGGUAACUGCAACACUUCCUCUGCAUCUGGAUACGAAGGGAGACCCAGAAAAGCGGAAGAGUUUAGAGGUACACUGGGUAGGUUCAAGUGCAUUGUUUUCAAAAAUCGAACAAAUGAUCCUUCAGCUUCAUCGCCUCCACUGCUUUAUCAGGUCGCACGGGGCAUGGAGUCGGAGAACGAUGAACAGCCCGUGGUUCUGAGGGAGGACAACUGCCGCAGGCGCCGGAGGAUGAAGCCACGCGGCUCCGCGGCCAGCCUGUCCUCCAUGGAGCUCAUUCCCAUCGAGUUUGUGCUGCCCACCAGCCAGCGCACCAGCAAGACCCCGGAGACGGCGCUGCUGCACGUGGCGGGCCACGGGAAUGUGGAGCAGAUGAAGGCGCAGGUGUGGCUGCGCGCGCUGGAGACCAGCGUGGCGGCUGACUUCUACCACCGGCUCAGCCCCGACCAUUUCCUGCUGCUCUACCAGAAAAAAGGGCAGUGGUACGAGAUCUACGACAAGUACCAGGUCGUGCAGACGCUAGACUGCCUGCGCUACUGGAAGGUGCUGCACCGGAGCCCAGGCCAGAUCCACGUGGUGCAGCGGCACGCUCCGUCCGAGGGGUCGCUGGCGUUCCAGCGGCUGCUCACUGCCCUCAUAGGCUAUGACGUCACCGAUGUCAGCAACGUGCACGAUGACGAGCUGGAGUUCACGCGCCGCCGCCUGGUCACCCCACGCAUGGCCGAGGUGGCUGGCCGAGACCCCAAACUCUAUGCUAUGCACCCCUGGGUGACGUCCAAGCCCCUCCCGGAAUACCUGUUGAAGAAGAUUACCAACAACUGCAUUUUCAUUGUCAUUCACCGCAGCACCACCAGCCAGACCAUCAAGGUCUCGGCUGAUGACACCCCAGGCGCCAUCCUCCAGAGCUUCUUCACCAAGAUGGCCAAGAAGAAAUCUCUGAUGGAUAUCCCCGAAAGCCAGAAUGAACAGGACUUUGUGCUGCGCGUCUGUGGCCGUGAUGAGUACCUGGUGGGUGAAAUGCCCAUCAAAAACUUCCAGUGGGUGAGGCAUUGCCUCAAGAAUGGGGAAGAGAUUCACCUGGUGCUUGACGCGCCUCCGGACCCAGCCCAGGACGAGGUGAAGAAAGAAGAGUGGCCACUGGUGGAUGACUGCACAGGAGUCACCGGCUAUCAUGAGCAGCUGACGAUCCAUGGGAAGGACCAUGAGAGCGUGUUCACUGUGUCCUUGUGGGACUGCGACAGGAAGUUCAGGGUCAAGAUCAGAGGAAUUGAUAUCCCUGUGCUGCCCCGAAAUGCUGACCUCACAGUGUUUGUGGAGGCAAACAUCCAACAUGGGCAGCAAGUCCUUUGCCAAAGGAGAACCAGUCCCAAACCCUUUACAGAGGAGGUGCUCUGGAAUGUGUGGCUUGAGUUCAGUAUCAAAAUCAAAGACUUACCCAAAGGGGCUCUACUGAACCUCCAGGUCUACUGCGGCAAAGCUCCAGCGCUGUCUGGUAAGGCCUCUGCAGAGGUUCCAAGUUCUGAAUCCAAAGGCAAAGCUCAGCUUCUCUAUUAUGUGAACCUGCUGCUGAUAGACCAUCGGUUCCUCCUGCGCCGUGGGGAAUAUGUGCUCCACAUGUGGCAGAUAUCUGGGAAGGGAGAAGACCAAGGGAGCUUCAAUGCUGACAAGCUCACGUCUGCAACCAACCCAGACAAGGAGAAUUCAAUGUCCAUCUGCAUUCUUUUGGACAAUUACUGUCACCCAAUAGCCUUGCCUAAGCAUAGGCCAACCCCUGACCCUGAAGGGGACCGGAUUCGAGCCGAAAUGCCCAACCAGCUUCGGAAGCAACUGGAGGCCAUCAUAGCCACUGAUCCACUUAACCCUCUCACAGCAGAAGACAAAGAAUUGCUCUGGCAUUUCAGAUAUGAAAGCCUUAAGCAUCCAAAAGCAUAUCCUAAGCUAUUUAGCUCUGUGAAAUGGGGACAGCAAGAAAUUGUGGCCAAAACAUACCAAUUGUUAGCCAGAAGGGAGAUCUGGGAUAAAAGUGCUUUGGAUGUUGGGCUAACAAUGCAACUUCUGGACUGCAACUUUUCAGAUGAAAAUGUGAGAGCCAUCGCCGUUCAGAAACUGGAGAGCUUAGAGGAUGAUGACGUCCUGCAUUACCUACUACAGCUGGUCCAGGCUGUGAAAUUUGAACCUUACCAUGACAGUGCCCUGGCCAGAUUUCUGCUGAAGCGUGCUUUAAGAAACAAAAGAAUUGGUCACUUCUUGUUUUGGUUCUUGAGAAGUGAGAUAGCCCAGUCCAGGCACUAUCAGCAGAGGUUCGCUGUGAUCCUGGAAGCCUACCUGAGGGGCUGUGGCGCCGCCAUGCUUCACGACUUUACCCAACAGGUCCAAGUAAUCGAGAUGUUACAAAAAGUUACUAUUGAUAUUAAAUCGCUCUCUGCUGAAAAGUAUGACGUCAGUUCCCAAGUCAUUUCACAACUUAAGCAAAAGCUUGAAAACCUUCAGAAUUCGAAUCUGCCCAAGAGCUUUAGAGUUCCGUAUGACCCGGGGCUGAAAGCAGGAGCACUAGUGAUUGAAAAAUGUAAAGUGAUGGCCUCCAAGAAAAAGCCCCUUUGGCUUGAGUUUAAAUGUGCCGACCCUACAGCUCUAUCAAAGGAAACAAUCGGAAUUAUCUUCAAACAUGGUGAUGAUCUGCGCCAAGACAUGCUUAUUUUACAGAUUCUACGAAUCAUGGAGUCCAUUUGGGAGACCGAAUCUCUGGAUCUGUGCCUCUUGCCAUAUGGUUGCAUUUCGACUGGUGACAAAAUAGGAAUGAUCGAGAUUGUAAAAGAUGCCACAACAAUUGCCAAAAUUCAGCAAAGCACAGUGGGCAACACAGGUGCAUUCAAAGAUGAAGUCCUGAAUCACUGGCUUAAAGAAAAGUGCCCCAUUGAAGAAAAGUUUCAGGCAGCAGUGGAGAGAUUUGUUUAUUCCUGUGCUGGCUACUGCGUGGCAACCUUUGUUCUUGGAAUAGGUGACCGGCACAAUGACAACAUUAUGAUUACAGAGACAGGAAAUCUAUUUCAUAUUGACUUUGGGCAUAUCCUUGGGAACUACAAAAGUUUCCUGGGCAUUAAUAAAGAGAGAGUGCCAUUUGUGCUAACCCCAGACUUCCUGUUUGUGAUGGGAACUUCUGGAAAGAAGACAAGCCUACACUUCCAGAAAUUUCAGGAUGUGUGCGCUAAGGCUUAUCUAGCCCUUCGACAUCACACAAAUCUACUGAUCAUCCUGUUCUCCAUGAUGCUGAUGACAGGAAUGCCCCAGUUAACAAGCAAAGAAGAUAUUGAAUAUAUUCGAGAUGCUCUAACAGUGGGGAAAAAUGAGGAGGAUGCUAAAAAGUAUUUCCUUGAUCAGAUUGAAGUUUGUAGAGACAAAGGAUGGACUGUGCAGUUUAACUGGUUCCUACAUCUUGUUCUUGGCAUCAAGCAAGGAGAGAAACAUUCAGCCUAAUACUUUGGGCCAGAAUUAAAAACAAGUCAUUGUUCCAAAGCUUUAAAUCAGCAUUUCAAUCAUUGAUCUUGGAUUUAAAUUGUAACAGGACAUUAUGAAAGCUGGCACUUCAAAAAUAUAGCUCUUUUCCUAGUUGGACUCUUUACUGGAGAAAAAUAUUGGCACAUCUGAUUGUUUAAGUCAUGUUCAGUUCUAGGCCUAUUUGCAGGUUUGGUUAUUAUUUGUCUCAGUGGCUUUGGAGAAUAUUGUAAGUUUAAACAGACUAAUCCCUUUCUUGUUGUGCCUGAUGUUUUGACUAUCUUAUUAUUGAGUGCUUCUGGAAAUUCUUUAGAAUAACUGGUGACAUCUGUUUUCAUCUGGGUUUACUCUCAAUUUUGGUUAUCCUUGUGUUCCUCAAGCUCUUUACAGAAAAAGAUGUAACCAUUGUAAUCUUUGUCUCAUAGCUUAAACAAUAUUUUCAAACAUCCCCUCUAUGUCUGCAGAUGUCAGUGAUGUGCUGAAAGCAAGGAAAGGGAGUUAGUCUUUUCAGUGCCUUUUGCAAUUAGGUUCUUUUACAGUGUACAACUGAGAUAAACAAACACAAAAUGGAAAAUCUGAACCUUUGUGCCUUGGCCCUUCUCUUCUGGUCUGGUUCCAACAUUAUGAAUAGGAAAAAUAGAGAUGAGACCAUUUGUCCCCACUCUGUCCACAGAGUGAAUUAUUAGGCACAACUAUUACAGGUUUUUCCAGCACAGAAAUAGGAAGUAACUAAAGGGACUCAUUAUUUUUGCCUUUAUAUUUUCCCCCUCCCUUUCUUCCUGACUCCCUUCUUCCUCUUGCCAAAGCUCUUUACUCAGAGUUGUGAAAUCUUCAAGAACCCCUUACCUUAGAUUCAAAAGUUAGUUGAAAAAGAAUUAUGGAUUAGUUUCCAAGUAUAUUAAUUUUAAAUUUUUGUCUAAGAAGCUAUUUCUUUCUGUUUUAAUGGAAGAAGACAUUUGCCAGCUAAAAAGUACUCAAGUUAGGAAGGACACUACUCGCCCUACCCAUCGCUCAGUUAAACUGAACUUUUAAACUUUGAUGCAUUCUCCUCAUUUUAAAAAAAUAAUUGAAAUGUGUUUUUAAAAAACUAUUUUCAUUUAUUAUAUAUUUUGGUAUUUAUUGGAAGUGUUUAAACUUUGAGAAAGAUCAUUAAGUUAUUUAUAAAAUAUUUUAAAAUUACCUAUAGUUAAUACUUUACAAAGGAAUAAUUCUGUUAGUAGGGUCUAUGUUUUUUAAUAUAAAUAUAUAUUAAAUCUGAAGUUUUGCUAAGCAGAUACCUGGUUUGGUGUAGCCCAAACCUUACUUUUGUGUGUGCAAAAGCUCAGUGGUUCUUAACCCUGGCUGCAAAUAAGAAUCACCAGGAUACUUUUAAAAAUACCCCACCUGAGCACCAGUCUCAGGUUAUCAUUUCUUUGGGGUGAGGCCUACACAUCAGUGUUUUUCUAAGUACUCAGGGUGUCUUUAAUACACAGCGUUCGAAAGCCCCGCAUGGCCUUUGAAGGCAUAGGUGACACUGCUUCCUCACCCACAGAUCCUUUCCCCUGGCUAUAAGGUAGCUAGAAAGAAUUCUUUCUUGCUAACUCAUCUUUUAACAUCAUGUUCUGUCCUCCUGUACAGAGGACCAUGACCUGCAAUGAAAUGUAUAUUCCUCUGUGGUAAUGAAGGAUAGAUAUUUUAUGGCAUUUUUAGAGCAACAAUUCCUACCAUUCUUUUGAAGAAGAGCAGGAAUUAUGCUUUCCAAUUUAGAAGAGGGUGCUUCUAUUAUUCUUACAAAAAAUAACCAAGCUUGCAGAGGUUUUACUUUUUAUUUCAAUUGCUGAACUAAUCACCUUAAUGAUAGAAGAAUUACAGAGCAAUGGAUUUAUAUUUAGCUUAUUGGUGCAUGUGCAUAUAUAUUUGCUCCUCAAAUGAACUUGAUUCUUCCAUAUUCCAGUGAAGACAUAAUUUUAACUUUAUAGAAUUGCGAAUUUAAAAAAACCACCUUCGUGUGCUUCCUUCAUUCCCAGUGAAUCAGUGACGCACACCUUUUACAUUUUUUAAGAUGACCUAGAACUAGGGUGAUCUUGCUAUUAAGAGGAAAUGCUGGGAAACUACCCGCAACUCUAUCUUCAACGCAAAAAAAAAACAAAACAGAAACCACGAGUCAGAUGACUGAGGUCAAAGCAGCUUUUAUGUAUGCCUAGAAUUGGCUA